ACCUCAAGAAACCGCGCCCUCAUCAGGACCUCAACAACCGCGCCCGAAAAUGGCAGCCAUGGACGACUCCUUCCGCCGCCUCCAGGAGGCCGCCGCUGCCGGCGCCGGGUCGCUCGGCGCUGGCUCGGGCUCAAACGACCAAACGAUGGAGUACAUGCUCCUGGCGACCGCCGCCUGCUACCUCGGCGUCUUUGCGCUGCUGGGAGUCUGCGCGUUCACCUCGCGCCGCGAGCGCCAGCCGCCCGAGCUUCCUCUGCGUGCGCCGCAGUUCCAGGACUCGGGGGAGCAGCCCUUCAACAAGACGCCCGUCGCGGACCUGGACAUGGUUUGGCGAAAGGCCUUCUUGCGCAAGGUGUACGCGAUUCUCGGAGUGCAGCUCCUCACGACGACGGCGCUGGUCGCGACGAUGAUGAUGAAGGGAGGCGCCGACCUGAUCACGUGGGUGCAGUCGGAGGGACGCUGGACGAUGUGGACCGCGAUGAUCGGCUCCUUCGUCUCGCUCUUCGGCCUGCAGUGCGUGAGGCACAGGACGCCGCACAACAUGCUCGUGCUCGGCGCCUUCACGCUGUGCGAGUCGUGGAUGAUUGGCACCAUCUGCUCGAUGUACUACGCAAACGGGAUGGGGAUCCUCGUGCUCGAGGCGCUCGCCCUCACCUCCAUCAUCUUCGCCGGGCUGACCGUCUUCACGAUGCAGUCCAAGAUCGACUUCUCCGUGAUGGGCCCGGCGCUCUUUGUCUCGCUGCUCGCCCUCAUCGUGUGGGGGCUGUUCGCGCGCUUCUUCUUCGCGUCGGUGGUCGCGUCGCAGGUGUACGCGCUCUGCGGCGUCGUGCUCUUCUCGCUCUUCAUCGUGUACGACACGCACAUGGUGCUCAAGCAGUACUCGUACGACGAGUACAUCAUGGGCGCGAUCCAGCUCUACCUCGACAUCAUCAACCUCUUCCUCUUCAUCCUCGAGCUGCUCGGCAUCAAGCCACGGGACGACUAGAGCCACGCGGCGCGCCCUCCCCCCCCUUCACCCCCCCCCCCCCUCUCUCUCGCCGCACCGCUAGGACCCGGACGCGGGGGGAGCGCUCGAGGGGGGAGGGAGGGGAGCACGUGCUCGCGCACACCGCUCGCGAGCACCGCUCGCCCCUCGCGCAUCACUGGCCAGAGCGCACACGGACCUGGCGUGCGCGUGCAGCGGAAUUCGCCACGCGCGGGGCGAGCGUUGUGAUAGGUUUGUUGUGUGCACACCAUGCGCACAAACGUGAUGCUGUAGUACUGUCUCGAGUCGUCUCUUCUCGCGUGCGGCGGCAACUCUGUGGCGUGUAGGGGCCGCCGCACGAGCUCUACUUCCCUCUCUACCUUGUGAUAUGUCGAGUAGAAACACGGCAUCAAACGGCUAAGCGGAACCCAUAAUUUAAGCAUUAUGUUCAUGGAGUGACC